AUGUUCCGGCGCGUACUUUGCCGCGUCGUCACUGCAUCCGCGGGAGUACAGCUGUGUGCGGCCGGAGUUGCACUUACUGACAAACAGCUAUCCAAGAAGCCUGAGUGGUACCGGAAGGAUGUCCAUGCACUGGUGGUUUCGCUCAAAAAACUCGGUCGCCACGGUUUCAACACUUCACCAACCGCCAUAUCCGAAUCAUACGAAACACUUAAAAAAUAUGAAGACCUUGAAAAUGUUGAAGUACUAUGGCGACUCGCUCGAGGGCUUGUGGAGAAAGCUUUCUUCUGUAAAUGUCCGAAGGAGAAAGCUCAGUUACUGCAUGAGGCUAAAGUUUUUGCAAAGAGGGCACUCAGCCUUGAAGGCGAUAAGUACUCGGCCGGAGCUCACAAGUGGUACGCUAUUAUUUUGCAAGGACUGGGAGAGAUUGAUAAGAAGGCUGACUACUCGGACGAAAUUAUAAAGCACUUAGGGAUGGCUGUAAAUUUGGAUGAAGAAGAUGCAUAUAGUGUGCACCUUUUAGGAGUUGCCCACUUUUUGAAGAAAAACUAUGCAGAAGCAUUGUCAGCCUUCGAAAAGGCAGAGAAAGUGAAGGAGAACUUCUCGCCGUGUAAUUUGUACUACAUGGGUGCAACCUUACUUUCACUGGGAAAGAAGGAAGAAGCAAUCAACCAUCUAAUCGCAGCGUAUAAAGCGCAUGCUCACAACGAACGCGAGAUGAAGGCUCGCUCGGAUGCGAGAGGAAUGCUGCUAAAGCUCAAAGUGAAGCAAGAAGAUUACGAGAUUCAAGAAUAUUAG